AUGAAUAAGAUCAAUGAAUUGAUAGAAUGGGCCCAAUCCAAUGGUGCCGGGAUUUCAGAUAAUGUGGAGUUCGUGCAGAUCAAUGAAUCAAAUUAUGGAGCAGAAUCUACAUCAAAUUCAAAAGCAUCAAUUCAAAUACCUCGAAAACUCAUAAUAACUUGCGACAAAGCGAAAGCUUUAUUUGGUGAAAAGAUUUACGAUGAAAGCAAAAAUCAUAUAUCGUUACUAAAAAUGUUUAUAUGUUAUGAAAAAUUACAACAAAAUUCAUUUUACAAACCAUAUUUUGAUAUACUACCUUCUUUAAAAUCAAUUGAUUCACCUUAUACUUGGUCACCAGAAGAAAAAUCGUAUAUUCAAGUAACAAAUUUGGGGAAUUCACUAAAAGAAAAUUUACAUUCAUUGAUAGAAGAAUGGUGGAUAGUAAUAAACCUUCUACCAGAAGAUGUUGAAAAACCAGAAGAACAUUUCAUAAAUAUGAAAUUUUACUACGAAUAUAAAUUUUACAAAGAUGAAGAUUAUUACAACUACUUUAAUGAAAUAAAUUCCAAAAAUUGGACAAGCUUUCCGAACUAUCUAUGGUCAUCAUUAAUUUUCAAAAGUAGAGCAUUUCCAGCGUAUAUUAUAGACAAAUCAUUACCUAAAAAUGAAUCUAUGCUUUUACCAGUAGUUGAUAUGUUGAACCAUAAUCCUCAGGCAAAAGUUGAAUGGACUUGUAAUAAUGAUUCUUUCGUCUUUCAAACUGAUACAAUUUGUGAAAAAGGUCAGGAAAUUUACAAUAAUUAUGGAAUGAAAGGCAAUGAAGAGUUAUUGUUAGCUUAUGGGUUUGCAAUUGAGAAUAACGUUGCCGAUACAGUAGCUUUAAAGAUUAAAGUACCAGAGUCAAAAUUAAAGGUGCUAAAGGAAUUGAAUGUGAAACUACCAACCAUUGACGAUUAUACUAAUUCAGUAUUGGAUCAAACAUGUGUUGAAAAAGAAAAUUAUGAGAACGGCAUAUUGUUCUUCAUAAACUCAAAUAAUGUACCAGAAAAUCUAAUUCAAGUAUUUCAGAUAUUAGUUCAAAAUCCAUGGGAAAGUGGUAAAAUUUCAUUACGUAUGAAGCUAGCUGGAUUAAAUCAUCUCAGAGCAGCACUCGCAGCUAAAAAUAGUAUGCUACAAUUAGACAUUCCAACAGAAAAAUCAACUAAGUACAAGUACAUCAAAUGGUACAUUGAAUCUCAAAAUAGAAUCUAUACAUCUGCAAUCAAGGAUAUAAAAAGACAGGAAAAGCAUUUGUUAACGGAGUCAAAAUCAAACCUAAUAACCUUGAAAAAUGUAUAUAAAAAAGAUACAAAAUUCCAACAGUCUUUAUUAUUUUUAGGUUUCAAUUCCUAUGAAAGUAUUUUAGAAUCUGAAUUCCAAGAUCAAUGUUGGUUAUUAUGGUUGAUACGUUGUUAUAAUAAAGAGAUUUACAAGUCAAAUGAAGAACUACCUGAAUGGAUCACAAAUCUAUUCAAGCAUCUUAGAAAAAUCACAGAUAUAACCAGUCAAGAAGUUUUAAACUAUAAGCCAAUUUUUGAUGCUAUAAUACCUGAUUUGGCCCAAUCUGUACCUGAAAUAUACUCAACUGGUGAAUGGUCAAUUAGUGAAUUUAUCAUAGCUGGUAAAUUAUUAGAUUUGAUUUCUUUUACAAGAGGUAAAGAACAAGAAUGUAUAGUUGUCAAUCAAGAAUACAAUAUUUAA